ACAUUAGUAUCAAACAGUCGGACACAAACAAUUUGGAAAACGAGUAUAAAAAUAAUCCCGGAAAAGGUAGUUUUGGUGACGGCAUACACCGUAAGAAUUCGUCACCUGAAUAUGAAAGAUAUAAAGCUAACGCAACUGAUCAGAUGUACGAAACACUACAAACAGACGAAUGAACUUGGUCUAGACUAACUUUGCCGAAUGAUUAAGGAACACACACGAGUGACGUUAAGGCCAUUAGCUCCCUUUAACCUAAAAUUGAAAUUACACGUGACUUAAAUGAAUGAUAUAACUUGCGAAGCUUAUAUAAAUAUGUUUUAGAAUUAAUAGAGUGUAUUUUACGAGUACAUGUAUUUAGAGUUUUGUUAGAUAAUUUCACCACAUGCGCACCUGUAAUAAUAUGAUAAAUUCAAAUCUGACCAAUAUUAAAUUGUUUGGAUAAGGUAAGAUUUCUUUUUUAAAAGAACAAAUAUUCAGAUAAAAAGCAUAACUAUGUAAAACUAUUGAGUUGUAAAUAAUAAAGGGAUACAGUAAAAUAUUUGAUGAAGACAUCUUCUGUUUUCCAAGUUAGCAGUAACACAACUAUAUGAACUAACAUUUAAGACUGUGGACAUACUGAAUAAAUCUUAGUUCUAACUAUAUACAGGUGUACUGACUGUGUAAUCACAGAUAAUUUCAAAGCAUUUUAACGAAAGGCCAUGGCAACGCCUAGCUGAUGUUUUUGCAAAUAUGAAUGGUGUUUUACAACGAUAGACAUAGUACUCUCAUACAUAUGUUCGAGCUAAUUCUAAGACAGGCCCAAAUUUGACCAUAAGUGAACCUUACCGUCGUUUACCAUAUACAAUUAUGUAAUAGUAAAAUAUCAUGCUUUUAUUAUCUACGUGUGUCUUUGAAUUUAGAUUAGAAAAGAAACAAUAUUUUUACUCUUUUAAAAUAGUCCCUGCUAGAGAUUGUUCUGACUUUGUUGUUUUAGACUUUACCUUGCUUAGACACCAGUUGACUGAUCUUGCAUUUUACACGUCUAGAACGGUAGUUUGUCUUUUAUCUUAUCUCCAUAUGUAUCUUUAAAUUAAAAUUUUAAAUAAAACAAAAAUCUAUAAAAUGUAAUGAUAUAAUUAGUUUAUUUUUGUUAGAUGGGCCCAUUCACAUAUUCUCUUAUUUUACUCCUAGUUUGUUAUUAUUUAAUCAUUGGUCUCAAUUCGCUGUAAUUGUUUUUCACCUCUUAACUUAGAGAUACUUUUUGUCUUUUUUUCUUCUUUCCUCUCCAUCACCCUUUAUACGGAAUCUUUAUCAUGCUUCUUCAUGACAAAUGAUAUCAUUUUAUAUUUCACUUAUAUAUUCCAGGACUUUGUUGUAUAUUUUAUGUCAAACUUUCUAUGGACAAUGUGGACUUUGUUCGUUCAAUUGAAUGCUACACUUUGUUUUUGAUACAUUGUUAUUUUAUUCAACUUUAUGUCACACUUUUCUUUAAAAUGUUGUUGAACGAUACUUUUGAUAACCGUAAAUAACACUUCUGUAAGCUGUCAGACAUGUUAAGUCCUUACAAUGGGUUGUGUUCCCUGUAAACUGCAUCCCAAUAGAUGAGCAAAUCGAAAAUAUAUAUCCUAAAUAUUAAUAUUUUCUAAUUAUUUUAUUACAUAAAGGGCUUAUUUAAGAUAUAUGAGAUCAAUAUAAGAUGAUUGUUAAUCUAGGUUUGCUAUGUAAGAUAAAAUAUUGAUUUUAUCUUAGUUGUUUCAUUGAAAACACAGACCCUUAUUAGAAAAAAUAAUAUUGAGUCAAUUUUUUUAAAACUGCUAUGCUUGUAUAAGCACAUCCUUGAGACGCAUAAAGUUGCGCUGAUAGGAGCACUUGUUGAAUCAAAACGACAUCCAGAUAAAUUAAAUAUUCUGGAUAAAGGGAGAAUACUCGGUAACAACAAAAUGAAAAAUCUAGUUUGAUUUAAACCUUAUUUGUUCAUGAUGAAACAUGUACUUUUGCUUAACUUAUAUUUUAUCAAUAAAAAUAUAUGCUUAGUCAAGCUGGGGGGUGAGAGAUAAAUUAACGAUUUUUCUUUUUUUACCUAUAUAAUAAGUGGCAUUUCUGUGUAUGAUGCAUAAAUAUUUUUGACUACGUAUAGUUAUACGUACAACGGCUAACUCGAAUGUUAGGCAUUGGUAUUUUUUAUUUUUUACGAGUAUUUUGAUUUGUUAUCGAGAAAGUCAUAAAGACGAGCUCAGCAUAAAAAAUACAAACAAUAAUUAACGAACACGAUAGAUCUCACUAGAAUGUAAAAUUAUUUACACAUUCAGUAUUGCAGUUACCCGAGGUAAAUGUAAAAAUAGAAAUAAAUACAUUACAUGAAAAGGUAGGAUGUGGUUAUAUACAAAAAUCGCUCAACCAUAUUACUAUUCUAAAUCUUUAACUUAACCGUCGAGUCAAUUUGUUUUAUGUAUGUCGUAUUGGAAACGAGUUUAUGUGAGGUAUUUUGAAAUGGUUAACUAGUUGUUUACGAAGCAAAGUUAUAUUAUUUGUUGAAACAAGGAUAUCAAUGAUGAUUUUAUUCUUCUUCCUCCUUAUGAUAUGUUGUAUAGAUGAUUUAAACGGUCAAUUACGACUUUGUGGCAAUGAAUAUAAACCAGCUGUAGAAAUAUGCAAAGACAACACUUUGACGGCACAAAAAUUGGUCUACAUAACUACAAAAGGAGUUCCAAAAUUUCAGCAGACACUUUGUGAGUGUUCGAUAACUUCAAACACUUCAGACGUUGAUAUUUCAUUCUCUUUUGUUGAUGGUGUGGUUCCUCAAAGCUUAAGCUUUAAAGUCAACAAUAAUGAAAUAAUGUCAGGAGAGCAACAUACAUUCACAACAGAGGAUCGCAGUCUAACGCUUUCCGUCCUUACUAAUGACAAUUACACACAUGAAAGUGCUUGCUUAAUGGUUUCCUUAAGCAUGAAUAUAAAGUCAGAUACUACUUUCAACGUUGUAUGCAAUCGUACACCGGUGAAGCCAUCAACGUCAAUAGCAACGUCAUUGCCAUACCCUAAUUCAAGUGUUGUGACGGACAAAUAUGUAAGGAAAACAGCUGACAAAGAAGAAAAUAACAUCAUUGUACCAGUUGUGGCGGCCUCUAUUGCUGUUUUCGUCUGCGUGGCAGUUGUAAUACUUAUCGUUAUAAUUUGCAGAAGAAGAUCUACUAAAAGAAAUAAACAGCCAAAAAUACCCAACCAAGGUGUCACAAAGAAAAAUAAUGACGAUGAAGAAGACGAUUAUUACAUGACAGAAAAUCCAAUGUACCAAACAGCAGAUACCAAAACGAAUAUAGAUAAUUCAGAUAAUGAGUAUCAUUAUGCAGAAUCUGCUAAACAUAAAAAACAGAUAAAUAGUGGCGAUUUAAAAUGUAACCCUGAUUUAAAACAGUUUAUAAACAAAGAAAACCACCACGACCAUUCAACAUGUGUGUCAUCUGGCCGGAAAAGAAAUCCAACGGUAAAAGCAAAAACAGCGGACGCUACCCAAAACAAUGAUAAUUCAGCAGUCAAUGACAACAUGUAUGAUACAACUAAUGCGGCUUCUGUUCAACCAUUCAAAGGAUUUAAUGAAUAUCAUCAUUUAAGUAACGCAGGACCAAUGAAAUUAGCGGUUGUCGAUGUAUACAAUACAAUUGGUAAUGCAAGCAAAUUUCCUGGUCACGAAGUCGAGGAAGACGUUUCCCAUUAUCAUGUCGCAAAUGCACGAUAAUACUGACAUGUUCGUUUUACAAUCUGACAUAUUUGUUUUCAAUUUAUUUGUAUCUUUAGAAAAGUUUUUCAAGAUAACUUUAUCUUAUCUGAUUCCUUUGAUUGUAAAGACCACUGACAACAUCGACAUUUCCGA